AUGGAGAGGAUCGAUUGUGUGCAACGUGAGCCUGAAGGUCGCUUCUGGGUAGGCUAUGGCUCCGGCCCUGGGGUGAAGGUGUUCGGGUACCCCUCCAAGGGUGUUGUCUAUGUCCUGGAUAACUGUUUCGGUGUAGAACUGGAUUUUCUCGGACUCGACCGGUUCAACGACACCGAACGCCCAUCCAAUCACGACCUUCCUAUCCCCAAACUAAUCGCCCCGCCACGAGAAACAGCCAACGCAUCUGAAAACAUGGAGCCCCAGAUGUGUUACGACGAUGUCGCAUGGGAACAAUCCGACGAUGUCUCCGACAAUUGGUUGCUUCAGUUUCUUGAUAUCGACGUCAAGAGACUGAUUGCGAAAUUUAUCCUGAAGCAUGAUUCUGGUGACGACCCCGAGUUUAUAAUUCUUCAAAAGGGGUCUUUCAAUAUCACAUUACAAAUGAAAUACACAUACAGCGCGACCAACAUCCGCUUUUCACAGCCUGGGGCCAUUCUUUUUCCUGAGGAAAAAGUUCAGAAUGAAGUUGCUGUGAUGCGAUAUAUCUCGGACCAGACAUCAAUCCCAGUUCCAUUCAUCCUUCACUCGGGUACACGGGAGGAGAGCCCCCUCAAUCUGAGCCCUUUCAUUAUAAUGAGCCAUAUGGAACAUACAACAACCAUGUAUGAUGCUCUCAACACACCAGGAUGUCUAAAUAAAGAGCGGGGAGUCCUUGACCCAAAUAUUAAAGAAGAUCAACUUAGAAUGCUAUACACACAACUAGCAAAGAUCCUGCUUCAGCUUUCUCGGCCAGAAUUCCCUAAAAUAGGGUCCCUUCGUUAG